AUGCUGCGCUCCUCAAUUGCUCCGGGUCGGCAGCUGCUGUCGACCCCCGUUCGCCAACGGAUCCCUUCGCAAUGGCUGUCCAAGGCCGGCGCUAGCAGCCGGCUCUCGGGUCAGCGAUUCUUCGCCGACUCUAAGCCUCCUACCCCUGGUGGGCCCACGCCCGUUACUCCUUCCUCCGAAUCGAGCGUCCCACCUGAGACUCUCUCCAAGCUCGCCGAACAAGAAUACAAGACCCCCCCAUCUGCUCCCGCGGCUGCGCCUCGCAAGACUGGCCGUUUCCGCCGAUUCCUCUUGUACCUGAUUCUUACCUCCGGUUUCGCCUAUGGUGGUAGCAUCUUCCUGGCACUCAAGUCCGAUAACUUCCACGACUUCUUCACCGAGUAUAUUCCCUACGGCGAGGAAUGUGUUCUUUACUUCGAGGAGCGUGACUUCUACCGCCGCUUCCCCAACGCCUCGCGCCACCAAAACCGCAUCCCUGCUGCGCCUCGGGAUGAGGGCAAGUCCGUCACAAUCCCUAGCAAGAGCGGUCUGUCUUGGAAGGUCUCUGAUGAGGAGUCUGGAAGUGAUGUCUCCAAGAGCGGUCCUCACAUGAGCUCCCAGGCUCACGAGGGCCAGACCAAGACCGAAAGUGCCUCUGCCCAAGAACUCAAUGCAGCUGUCCUCAAGGCCAAGGAGGAUAAGGCCACCAAGUCAACGGGUCAGAAGGAGGCCAAGCCUACCCCGAAGAAGGAGGAGAAGCCCGUCUCUCUCGACGAGCCCCGUCAGCCCGCUGUUGCUGUUAGCAAUAUCGAGCUGCUGAAGGCGCAGGAGGGUGAUGAGACCGUGGUGCAGGAGCUGGUCAAGACAUUCAACGCCAUCGUCUCCGUUAUCAGUGCCGAUGAGAAUGCCGGCAAGUACUCUUCGCCGGUCGCAAAGGCCAAGGAGGAGCUGCAAAAGAUUGGCGAGAAGAUCUCCGCCAUUCGUACCGAGGCUGCCAAGGCCGCCCAGGAGGAGAUCACCAAGGCUCACAACACUUUUGACGAGUCGGCUCGGGAAUUGAUUCGACGUUUCGAGGAGAUGCGCAAUGCCGAGGUUGCCCAGUUCCGCGAGGAGUUCGAGGCUGAGCGUGAGAAGCUUGCUCUGGCUUACCAAGAUAAGAUUAAGACCGAGCUCCUCCGUGCCCAGGAGCUCGCCGAACAGCGCCUGAAGAACGAGCUUGUCGAGCAGGCCAUCGAGCUCAACCGUAAAUACGUCCACGAGGUCAAGGAUUUGGUCGAGCGUGAGCGUGAGGGUCGUCUUAGCAAGCUAGACGAGCUCACUGCCAACAUUACUGAGCUUGAGCAGCUGACUACCGGCUGGAGCAGCGUCAUUGACACCAACCUGAAGACUCAGCAGCUCCAGGUUGCCGUCGAUGCUGUUCGCUCUUCUCUCGAGCGCGCUGAGGUCCCCCGUCCCUUUGUCCGUGAACUUGUUGCUGUUAAGGAGCUGGCUGCCGACGAUCCCGUUGUUGAUGCCGCUAUUGCCUCCAUCAACCCCACUGCUUACCAGCGCGGUAUUCCAUCCCCAGCCAUGAUCAUGGAGCGUUUCCGUCGUGUCGCCAGCGAGGUUCGCAAGGCUAGCUUGCUGCCCGAGGAUGCCGGUAUUGCUAGCCACGCUGCUAGCCUGGUCCUGAGCAAGGUCAUGUUCAAAAAAGAUGGCCUUGCGGACGGUAAUGACGUUGAGAGCAUUCUCCUCCGCACUGAGAACUUGCUAGAAGAGGGCAACGUCGACGCUGCUGCCCGUGAGAUGAACGGUCUCCAGGGCUGGGCCAAGAUCCUGAGCAAGGAUUGGAUGGCAGAUGUGCGCAGGGUUCUCGAAGUCAAGCAGGCUCUCGAAGUUAUUGAGACUGAGGCCCGCCUCCAGUGCUUGCGGGUGGAGUAAGCAUAUACUGAGCGAUGCUGAAUUCAUUUAAUCCUGUAUAUCUUCGUCUUGUCUACAGGAAGUGUACCUCUAGUUGUACUUUUGCGUUAGACCCAAAUGCUAGAACAUUUCCUAUGUG